AUGUUUUUAAUCGUUGGCUCCCUCUCGACGGUCACUGCAAAAUCCGAGGAGGAAGCCUCGGAGUGUUUGUCCGAGGUAGAGAGUCGAUGCCACAAUAGGGCUAGGGCACAAAGUCUUAAUAACAUUGCCAUACUAGCCAUACUAGCGGCUAGUAUGGUUGGUGUAUCCUUACCAUUAUUUUCUAGGUCCGUGCCUGCGCUACACCCCGAUAAGGACUUGUUCCUCCUUGUUCGAGCCUUUGCCUCAGGGGUUAUCGUUGCCACGGGGUUCAUGCAUGUGAUGCCUGACUCAUGGAAUGAUUUGACGUCGCCGUGUCUGCCUGAAAAGCCUUGGAAGGUUUUCCCUUUCACGCCGUUUAUUACAUUGAUCUCCGCGUAUGGAACAAUGAUGAUGGACUCAUUUUCCAUAGCUUAUUAUGAAAAAAAGGCCUUAUCUAGGCAACAAAAUGAGAAUGUAGAUGGUAAUAGAAAUGGCAACGAUGUUGAGAAUAAGGUUGAAUUGGGGUUGGGUGACAAUACUAAUGUUGUUCAUGGUCAUCACCAUGGUCAAAUUGUACAAGUGAUGAUGGAUUGCGAGAGCUCGAAAUUGUUAAAAGACCGUGUUGUAGCUCAGGUUUUGGAAUCAGGAAUUGUAGUUCACUCAGUUGUAAUUGGUCUUUCAAUGGGAUCUUCAGAUAAUCCCUGCACAAUAAGGCCACUUAUAGCCGCGAUUUGCUUCCAUCAACUCUUUGAAGGGAUGGGCCUUGGUGGUUGCAUUUUACAGGCCAAGUACAGCUUGAAGGUUAAAUCGAUAAUGGUGUUUUUCUUCUCGGUGACAACCCCACUAGGGAUUGUUCUAGGGAUCCUAUUACAAAAUGUGUACAAGGAGAAUAGUCCAAUAGCAUUGAUCGUUGUCGGGAUUCUCAAUGCGGUGUCUGCCGGGCUGCUGAUUUACAUGGCUUUGGUAGACCUGUUGGCUUCUGAUUUCAAAGGGCCAAAACUUCAAGGAAAUCUUAAGCUUCAAUUAUUUUGUUAUGUGGCCGCUUUGCUAGGUACCGGCCUUAUGUCUUUGAUGGCGAUAUGGGCAUAGGUAGAAGUUAGAUUUGUAACUAGAGGAGCGUCUAGGUGUGUACAAUUCACAAAUACUUUUUUCUCCGAACUAAAACUCGUAAUUGCGUUUGCACUUGCACAUCAAAUUUUUACAGCACCUUCAAAUUGUAUGGAUUAGCGUCUUCAAAUGUGUAAUAUUGAAGUUCCGCGCACCAUUGAUUCUUAGAGAGAAACCAAUAUGCUCGCAAUUCUUAUCCUUUGGUUUAAGCUACUAGAGCUCCCCCGGCCCUCUUCAU